AUGGUAUCCACUCUACGGGAUUACCUUAGAAAUGAAAUAAGCUCCUCCCCUGUCUGCUACGGGCUCGCUUCAAUCUCUGCCCCUGUCAUCCCCACCGCCCCCGCUCCCUCCCCGGUUUCUAAUUUGCAAGGGGCUCCACUGCCCAGUCUGGGUCUGUCCCGGGCCAGAGAAGGUUUUGGAGUUCGGUCCAUCCAUUCAUUUAUUCCCCGCCCUGCAGUGUUGUUCCUGCCUCCGUCAACUACCCCAGCCCAGGAUUCAAUUUCGACCUUCACUCCAGGCAGCCCUCUCUCUCCCACCGAAUAUGAACGCUUCUUUGCACUGCUGACCCCUACCUGGAAGGCAGAGACGACUUGCCGUCUCCGUGCUACCCACGGCUGCCGGAACCCCACCCUCGUCCAGUUGGACCAAUAUGAGAAUCACGGCUUGGUGCCCGACGGCGCUGUUUGCUCCGACCUUCCUUAUGCCUCCUGGUUUGAAUCCUUCUGCCAGUUUACUCAGUACCGUUGCUCCAACCAUGUCUACUAUGCCAAGAGAGUCCGAUGCUCCCAGCCAGUCUCAAUUCUCUCACCUAACACUCUCAAGGAGAUAGACUCUUCUUCUGCUGAAGUUCCACUCACCACGAUGACCUCCCCCAUGUCAGCCCAUAUCACAGCCACAGAACGGCAGGCCUUCCAGCCUUGGCCUGAGCGGCUCAACAACAAUGUGGAGGAGCUGCUGCAGUCCUCCUUGUCCCUGGGAGGCCAGGAGAAAGGGCCAGAACAUAAGCAGAAUACAGGGCAGGAGCACAAACAGGAGCAAGGACAAGAACAUAAGCAGGAUGAAGGGCAGGAGCAAGAGGAGCAGGAGGAGGAACAGGAGGAGGAGGGGAAGCAGGAGGAAGGACAGGGGACAGAGGAGGGACUGGAGGCCAUGUCUGAGCUGCAGACUGACUCACAGUCCAAGUUCCAGGCUGAAUUUUUAUCUUCUAAGCCUUUCUCUUACCCUCCUCGGGUACGGGAAGUGGAGUCUACGCCUAUGACGUUGGAGAACAUCCAGGAGCUCAUUCGAUCUGCCCAGGAAAUGGAUGAAAUGAAUGAUAUAUAUGAUGAGGACUCCAUCUGGAAAAGCCCAAACUCUGGCGGCCUCCUGCAGCUGCCCCACGUGGAGGCCUUGCUGGUGAUGUGCUAUUCCAUUAUGGAGAACACCUGUACCAUGACCCCCACAGCCAGGGCCUGGAAGCACUUGGAGGAUGAGGUUCUUGGUUUCGGGAAGACGGUCUGUGACAGCCUUGGGCGGCGCCACACAGCUACCUGUCCCCUCUGUGACUUCUGCUCCCUGAAGCUGGAGCAGUGCCACUCAGAGGCCAACCUGCAGCGGCAGCAGUGUGACAGCUCCCACAAAACACCCUUCAUGAGCCCCUUGCUUGCAUCUCAGAGCUUGUCCAUCGGCAUCCAGACGGGAAACAAACGAUCAGGCCACUUUUAUGGGCUGGAAUUUUACGGCGGGCUCCGCAUGGACUUCUGGUGUGCUCGGCUAGCCUCAAAGGGCUGUGAAGAUAAUCGAGUUGCUGGCUGGCUCCAGACUGAAUUCCUUAGCUUCCAGGAUGGGGAUUUCCCUACCAAGAUUUGUGACACUGACUUUGUGCAGUACCCGAACUACUGUGCCUUCAAAAGCCAACAGUGUUUGAUGAGAAACCGGGAUAGGAAGGUGUCCCGUAUGAGAUGUCUGCAGAACGAGACUUACACUGUCUUGUCCCCAGCCAAAAGCGAGGACCUUGUACUUCGAUGGAGCCAGGAGUUUAGCACCUUGACUCUAAGCCAAGCCGGAUGAGCUGGGGUUCGUCCUGUCCCCACCCCACCCCAACCUUUCCACAUUCUCCAUUGCUUUUAGACUCCAUUUGUCAAUUUGCUUCCAGGCUGCCCCUUUUGGGUCUCUUACCUGACCCCUACUCACAUUUUCCUUGGGUUGGGACAGCCGUCCUGGAGAGGUUCAUGAUGGGAACUC